GGGGGAUUGUGGGAUCGCGGCGGUGUGAGCAAAAAAAAAAAAAAUAAAAAAAUAGUGAAGAGAGGUAGAGCAAGCGAAACAGAGAAGUCCCCCGCCCAGAGAGCGAAGAAGGGGCAGGAAGGAGGGGGCUCGAGCCCGCAAGCCAUGUUCUGGAAGUUUGACCUCCACACGACCUCCCACAUUGACACCCUCUUGGAGCGUGGCAACGUGACCCUCUUUGAGCUUCUGGAUGAGGAGGAUGUGCUACAGGAAUGCAAGGUGGUCAACCGUAAGCUGGUGGACUUCCUGGUGCAGCCCGAGCACAUGGAAGCAUUGGUCACCUGUGUGACAGAGGAACCCCCUGGAGACGUGGAUGAGAGAGUGCGCUACAAGUAUCCAAGUGUGUCGUGUGAGAUCCUGACGUCAGACAUCACGCAGAUCAACGACGCGCUGGGUGAGGACGAGUCUCUCCUACGGCGGCUCUACAGCUUCCUUCAGACUGGUGGAAUUCUCAACCCAUUGUUGGCCAGCUUCUUCAGCAAGGUCAUGGGGAUUCUCAUCAACCGCAAGACUGAUCAGAUAGUUGCCUUCCUCCGCAAGAAGGACGAUUUUGUCAACCUGCUGCUACGUCACAUUGGUACCUCUGCCAUCAUGGACCUACUGUUGCGGCUCCUCACCUGUGUGGAGCAGCCACAGCUCAGGCAGGAUGUGUUCAAUUGGCUUAAUGAGGAGAAGAUUGUGCAGAGGCUCAUUGGGAUGAUCCACCCUUCAAAGGAUGACAAUCAACAUUCCAAUGCUUCACAGUCCUUGUGUGACAUCAUCCGGCUGAGCCGUGAACAGAUGAUCCAAAUCCAGGACAGUCCCGAGCCGGACCAGCUACUGGCCACGCUUGAGAAGCAGGAGACGAUUGAGCAGCUGCUAAGCAAUAUGCUGGAUGGAGAACAGAGCGAGUCUGUCAUUGUCAAUGGAAUCCAGGUCUUGCUGACCCUGCUGGAACCACGCAGACCCAGGACAGAACUGGGUGGCAUGGGGGGCUUCUACUGCAACCUGGAGGGACAGAUGGAGAUGACUGGGCCCAACUGUGAAGUGGCCUCCAGCCAGGCCAGUUUGGGCACUCUGCUUGCCAUCAAACAGCGUCUCAGGGAGCUUCACCGGCUGCUCCUCGAUCCACCAAAGAAAGAGGCCCUGCAGACAACGUGGGGAAUCCUAGACCCUCCAUUAGGAAACACGCGCCUGCAUGUUGUGAAGCUGCUGGCCAGCUCAUUGGGCACCAACAAUGCAGCGCUGCUGGAUGAGAUUAUAGAGCUUGGGGCCCUUGACACAAUGUUGGACCUCUACUUCAAGUAUACCUACAACAACUUCUUACACGCUCAGGUGGAGGCCUGCCUUAGCAGUGUUUUCAGUUCCCACACUGGUGAUGAGACCAUUGAGAACCACUCGGAGCCCCUCCCGGAAAACCCGGUCAUCCAGCAUUUGCUGCAGAGGUGUCGCUUAAUCCAAAGAAUUUUGUCUGCCUGGGAAGAAAAUGAGCAGUCACAGUUGGAUGGGGGCAGACGCAAGGGCUACAUGGGGCACCUCACCCGCAUUGCCAAUGCCUUAGCUCAAGGCUCUGAGAAAUGGCCCCACUCCACCCUCAUCAAGCAGCUCUUGAAAGAGCUGCCCGAGGAAGAACAGGAGCAGUGGGACAAGUUUGUCUCGGGGCCCUUGUCAGAGACUAACAAGAAGAACACUGUGGAUCUUGUUAACAUGCACAACCUCCAUUCGUCAAGUGAUGACGACGAGAACGACCUCAAGGAGUUCAGCUUCCCGCAGGAGGCUGUCCUGCAGCAGGCUUUUGUUGAUUACCAGCUGCAACAGAUGACUUCAGCGUUCAUUGAGCACUUUGGCUUUAAUGACGAAGAAUUUGGCGAGCAGGAAGAGAAUGUCAAUGCCCCCUUCGACAAGACAGCCAACAUCACCUUCUCCUUGAAUGCGGACGAUGACAGCCCCAAUUCCAACCUGUUUGACAUUUGCUACAAGGAGCGGAUCCAGCAGUUCGAUGAUGAGGAGGAGGCGGAUGGUUCUGAUGGGGAAGACAUCUGGCAGGAGAAGGAGGCUACUGCUUCUUCUGGCACAGCACAGUCCACAGCUGUCAGAAGCCUUGGCAGCACGGAUAGUGAAGAGAGUGAGGACUCGGAAGAGGGAGAAGGAGGCGAGGAGGAAGAUCCUGGCGGGGGAGACAGAGAUGCUACUCGUGUCAGCAACGGUUGUGGUGAACAAACAGAAGAGGAGGAAAGAAUGUCUGGAGAUUCCAGCUGGGCGGACAACCCCUCUGAUCUUUCCUCAGUCUCUCUGGUGUCCUCAGAGUCCGUGGCAGCCGACACAGGAGCAGCAGUGUGGGAUCAGUCCAGCUCAGAUGGCUGUUGUCUCACCACGGAUGAGAACUGGGCCUCCUUUACAGAAAGCCAGACACAGCAAGACAGUAGUCCCUCCAAAGCACUUGUGGGCCCUGCCUCCCCUGCAAACCUGCCUCAGGAAGUGACGCAAAGCAAUGUAUCAUUAGCAGGAGCUUCUAGUAUUCAACAAGAUCCUCCUACUCCGGACACAGGACCCCCAGAAGGAUGUGAUCCACCAAAUCCCUCCACCAUGACAACAGUAGCCAGCACAGUAGAACCUCCCCCAUCUACCUCUGAUUCCACCCAACCGCUUCAGGGGACGACAGAGGCGCCACAACCUGAGUGCAGCUCCCCACAGACAGAACAGCAGCAGCAGCAUCAACCACCGGUGGCCAGAUAAAGCCUCAGUGGAUCUCAUCACUGGGGAAGGACCAUGGCUGCUUGCUCAAUCGAGUCCAUUUUGCCAGGGACUGACCCCAGUCCUUCCGGUGCCUUCACCCCUGUGGGCAGGUAGUGGGGGCAGAAGAGAAAGCAGCAAGGGGCAAUGAAAUGGCCCAGCCUCUCUCCCUAUUCCUCCCCAAGCAAUGACUGAAGAAAAUCCGGACCUGGUACAAGCGACUGCCAGCGAGAGAAAUGAAUGUGGACUCGAGGGCAAAAGCAUCUUCCUCCUUGUGGCACGUUGGUUGGCGAGCCCAGCAAUGGUGUCCCCGGGGGGCGGGGUCUCCCCUCCUCCUUUGGCACAAUGCCUUGCCCCCUCUAGUGCGCAUACAUACACACUGCUGCAUUGAGCAAACCUGUCUGUUUUGAUGCAAUUAAAAUUGACGCUUGAAUUGUACUAGGAAUCUUCUAAUGGGGUAACACUGAGUAGGGCAAGGAGAAAGAAUCGAACAAGCCCCUCCAACAAAGAGUGCCCUGCCUGCAAGCACAGAUCUGCCACAUCUUUCCUCUUCUCCCCUCCCUGUCCCUGCAGCAUCUGCCUCCAAAUUUGUCCACAGGGAGGAAGGUGGGACUAACAGAGAAGCAUCACACAGUGUGAGAAAGGUUGGAGUUUGGGUUCAGAAGGCUGUGCUGCUUUCUACUGAGUGCUGCUGCCUCUAGUCAUAACGGUUAGGACAACAGCGACAGAUUUGGGCUUGUGUGACAGGUGCAGGGUUCAUACAAAUUUUUCUUUCUACAUUGGGACGAAUACCAUUUUUUUGCAUCUUAACAUGUGUGCUCAGCCCCAAGACUUGGAAGCUCAUCUCCACGAGAAAGCAGUGGUUGCUUGGGAGACAGAAGCAGAGCAAACCUUCCUUUGUCCAGGCUGAAACGGGCUGCUCUCCCCCACCCCCAGAACUGCCCAUUAUUUGGGGGAGUGGGGCUUCAACCCAUCGACACAGUGACAUAUUUUUGAAAGCAUUUCAUGUGCAUACCAAUGUGAAAUCUGGAUUAACCCUUCCAAAAAUAAUUUCGUCUUGAUUCUCUCUGCCCCUGGUGUAUCUUUGGAUCUCACUAGAAUUCAGGCCUGACCUCAUCCAUCCUCCUCUCAGUGGGCCCCGUUUCCCCUAUCCAUUUUUUCUUCCUUUUGCAGGGACUAACCUGUCAAAGAGUUUGAUAGGAAGUCCAGUGUCUUUCCUGCAGAUCUACGAAUCACCAGUGUGGUGGGAAUAGGAGAAGAAGCGCAUAAGCCUGUCCUUGCAUGCUCCUACCCAGGAUAACAGUCCGAGGAAAUGCAUAUGGUGCACGUACAUGCAGGAACAACUAGGUCUCUCUUCCACAAGCGGCAUUGAGCCAUUUGGCCUAGGAGAUGAUCCUCAGCCCCAGUUGGCACAUCCAUGGUUUGGAAACGCCCCCCGGUUUCCUUUGGAGAUGGCAGAGACGAUCCGCAGCUCUGUAUGUCUCCUGCACUGCUGCUUUUGGCAGGCUUGCCCUCCAAUUUCAGUAUUGCUGGUAUAAGAGGCACCAACUAUACUUCGUCAGAUGAAAGUGUUGUUGGUGACUCUGAUUUUGCCUUCUUACCUGCUCCCUUUAUUGCAGCAAGUACCUUGUCUCCCUAAAUGUGGGAUCCAAACACCAAGUUGUUUCUCUGCAAACAUUCUUGGAAACAGGGAGCUCUUCUAUUUGGGGCAGUUGUCUAGCAGAAAGUGGAGAAAUUCUGUGUGUGUGCCUCCAGUUUAUAUUCCAGAAAUGUAACUUCCAGUUCUACUAUAUUCUCCCCUUCCCGAAUCCCAAAAUUUGCUCAGUUUGUGCAGGGGGUGUUUUUAGACUUACUGCAAACCAAACUCUUUUGCCACCUCCUCCAGAGUUGUUCUUCCAAAUCACUGAAGACCCUUGUAGAGUGUCUAGGGGGCUUGGCUUGCAGCCUCCCUGUCUGUGAUACAUGCUCCAAAGAACCAGACCUUUCCCUGAAGGCCAAGGAGCUCUCGUUCUCCUCUCUCCAGUACCACCUCCUCCCGGCUGCUGCACAAUCCUCCACCAAAGCCCCCAGAAUUACAGCUGCUUCUCCCUCUUCUGACCUCCCACCCCAACCUGCUGACAUGUUUUGGACUUCACGUAGCUCAUUUUGUAGCGUUUAAAAAAGAAAAGCAAACCACUGCCUCAUCCUUGCCUCUGACUACAAAAGCAGGACAAGAGCAUUGCGAUAGCUCAGCCGAGAACGCCUUGCGAUUAGGAGGGCAGGUUAAUGUGGGUGCCUGUGAGGGGGUGGGAGGGCAUGGCCAGGAGAUCGCGUAUCGGUGCACGGAAGUCAGUUUCUGAAUCUCAGUGGUGGCGGGAACAAGAAGUCCUCGUGGGGAAUUCCCUUGCAUAAGCAGUGAGCAUCCUUCCGCUCGCCACCUUGUUCCUUGCAGGUGGCCAGAAAACUUCGCCCCCUCCUGUCUCUCCCUCCCUCCCCAGCCCCAAUAUAAGUGGCAAUAUUUCUCGAAGCUCUUAAACCACAAAAGACAGAAUUGGCCUUUCGCAUUGUCUGCGUCAUGCCCUGUCGGUAUUUUUUUUCUUUUCCCUGUGUGUAUGUGUGUGUUCUGUUCGAAUAAAGAGAUUCUAUGGCCA